CCAAAUCUGACUUUAGAAUACAAAGCUGAGGGACCACGCGCAGACCUCGCAUUCACACUGCCCGGGCUGCGUCGCCUCCCGGGCGCGUAGUGCACCCGGGUGCAGGACGCGAACCCGCCCGCCUCCCAGCGCCGGUGAAGCUGGGAAGUUCAUCCUCCCGCUGCCCGCGCACUGGGCAUGCUCAGAGGCAGCCCCGAACAGGGCUUCCCCAGCGCCAGAGACAAACGCUGCAGUUCCCUCCAGGGCGUCCGCCGGGCUCCCCAGGAACUGCGCCCUUCCGGGACCGCAGAGCCCCCAACUUCCCGCCAAGUUCGGAGCCACCUCCGGGGGGAGACAUGCAAAUGAUGACCAGGAACGUUCUGCUAGACAUGGAACAGGAGGAGGAGGAGGACGACGAGGAGGAUGGGGACAUCGUGUUGGAAAACUUGGAGCAGACAAUUGUCUCUAAUUGUGGAUCACUGGAAAAUCAGCAGGAUUUCCGAGCCCCGGAGUUUGAAGAAUUUAAUGGAAAACCUGACUCCCUCUUUUUCAAUGAUGGCCAGCGAAGAAUUGACUUUGUUCUAGUGUAUGAAGAUGAACAGAGAAAGGAGACGAAUAAAAAGGGCACAAAUGAAAAACAGCGGAGAAAAAGACAAGCUUAUGAAUCUAACCUCAUCUGCAAAGGCCUGGAGCUAGAAGCAACAAGAUCAGUUUUGGAUGACAAGCUUGUAUUUGUAAAAGUACAUGCACCGUGGGAAGUGUUAUGUACAUAUGCUGAGAUAAUGCAUAUCAAAUUGCCUUUGAAACCCAAUGAUCUAAAAACCCGGUCCUCAGCCUUCCGCCAUCUCAACUGGUUCACUAAAGUCCUCAGUGUGGAUGAAAAUAUGAUCAAGCCAGAGCAAGAGUUUUUCACUGCCCCAUUUGAAAAGAACCGCAUGAAUGAUUUUUACAUCGUUGAUAAAGAUUCUUUCUUCAAUCCAGCCACCAGAAGCCGCAUUGUUUACUUCAUCCUCUCUCGGGUCACGUAUCAAGUGAUAAACAAUGUUAGCAAGUUUGGGAUUAACAGACUUGUAAGUUCUGGAAUCUACAAGGCAGCAUUCCCUCUCCAUGAUUGCAAAUUUGGCCAACAGUCAGAAGAUCCCAGCUGCCCUAAUGAACGAUACCUUCUGUACCGAGAGUGGGCUCAUCCUCGGAGCAUAUACAAAAAGCAGCCCUUGGAUCUUAUCAGGAAAUAUUACGGAGAGAAGAUUGGAAUCUAUUUUGCUUGGCUGGGCUAUUACACUCAGAUGCUCCUCCUGGCAGCCGUCGUGGGGGUGGCCUGCUUUCUCUACGGAUAUCUUAAUCAAGAUAACUGUACAUGGAGCAAAGAAGUUUGUGAUCCCGAUAUUGGUGGCAAUAUCAUAAUGUGUCCUCAGUGUGAUAAGCUUUGUCCAUUCUGGAAGCUCAAUAUUACUUGCGAAUCCUCUAAGAAAUUGUGCAUCUUUGACAGUUUUGGAACCCUGGUCUUUGCAGUAUUUAUGGGAAUAUGGGUUACUUUGUUUCUGGAGUUCUGGAAGCGGCGCCAGGCAGAACUUGAGUAUGAAUGGGACACUGUUGAGUUACAGCAGGAAGAACAAGCCCGACCAGAAUAUGAAGCCCAGUGUAAUCAUGUGGUGAUAAAUGAGAUUACUCAGGAAGAAGAGCGCAUCCCCUUCACUGCCUGUGGAAAAUGUAUACGGAUAACCCUCUGUGCCAGUGCUGUCUUCUUCUGGAUCCUGCUGAUCAUCGCUUCCGUUAUCGGGAUCAUUGUCUAUAGGCUCUCGGUGUUCAUUGUAUUUUCUACAACCCUUCCCAAAAGCUUCAAUGGGACAGACCCAAUCCAGAAGUAUCUGACCCCACAGAUGGCCACAUCCAUCACGGCUUCCAUCAUCAGCUUCAUCAUUAUCAUGAUUCUGAACACCAUCUAUGAAAAAGUGGCAAUAAUGAUCACUAAUUUUGAACUCCCAAGGACCCAGACUGAUUAUGAGAACAGCCUAACCAUGAAGAUGUUCUUAUUCCAGUUUGUCAACUACUACUCAUCCUGCUUCUACAUAGCAUUUUUUAAGGGAAAAUUUGUAGGCUAUCCAGGAGACCCAGUAUAUUGGCUGGGGAAAUACAGAAAUGAAGAGUGUGACCCAGGUGGCUGCCUCCUUGAACUGACAACUCAGUUGACAAUAAUCAUGGGAGGAAAAGCAAUCUGGAAUAACAUACAAGAAGUAUUACUUCCCUGGGUCAUGAAUCUAAUUGGACGGUAUCGCAGAGUUUCCGGAUCAGAAAACAUAAGCCCACGGUGGGAACAGGAUUACCAUCUGCAGCCCAUGGGCAAACUGGGCUUAUUUUAUGAAUACCUUGAAAUGAUUAUUCAGUUUGGGUUCGUCACCUUAUUUGUGGCCUCUUUCCCACUGGCUCCCCUGUUGGCUCUGGUGAACAAUAUAUUGGAAAUAAGAGUGGACGCAUGGAAACUGACUACCCAGUUUAGACGCAUGGUGCCAGAAAAAGCCCAGGACAUCGGUGCAUGGCAGCCCAUCAUGCAAGGAAUAGCAGUUCUGGCUGUGGUGACCAAUGCCAUGAUCAUUGCCUUCACAUCAGACAUGAUCCCUCGCCUGGUGUAUUACUGGUCCUUCUCCAUCCCUCCCUACGGGGACCACGCUGACUACACUAUGGAGGGCUACAUCAACAACACGCUCUCUAUCUUCAACAUCUCAGACUUCAAAGACAAAAGCAAACCAGACUCAAACUCGGGACUUGGUAACCAUACCACAUGCAGAUAUCGUGAUUUCCGAAAUCCACCUGGACACCCCCAAGAAUAUAAACACAACAUCUACUACUGGCAUGUGGUUGCUGCCAAGCUGGCUUUUGUCAUUGUCAUGGAGCAUGUCAUCUACUCUGUGAAAUUUUUCAUUUCCUAUGCAAUUCCGGAUGUAUCAAAAAGCACGAAGAGCAAGAUCAAGAGAGAAAAAUACUUAACUCAGAAGCUGCUUCAUGAGAAUCACAUGACAAAAAACAUGGGCAUUAUUAUUCAGAAGAUGGCAGAAGUGGUUGAUAACAACUUGCGACCAAAAUCAGACUAAGAGCUUUAUGUUUUGUGAAGUGCUUUAAAGAAUCUAGUUCUGUCAAAAUAUAUUAUGAAUCACUAAUGAGAAUGUUUAAGUUAAAUCACUCUGGCAACUAUGAGUCUUAACUGUUGCCAUUUUCAUGCGUUUUUCAGUUUCAGCUAGUGAAGCAAGAAUUGCCAAAUCUAAAAGAUCAGGAAGGGCAUAAAACUUCUCACCUGGAAAGCCUAAUGUUACCCUUUUUUGAUAAGUUGGAAUUCUAGUAACACAGAAAAAGUCUCUUUAUGGUGCUUAAAAACCACCCCUUCUAAAGUGGAAGAUUUUUCUCUUGAUUAUGUUAUUCCUUUCUGUUCUCAAACAGGAUCUCCUUUAUUUUUAGGUAAUGUUUCAUUUCUUCACCUCACCAAAUCUGUUCCAGAGUUGACUUUUUCUUUUCAGUACCAUCAUUAAACAAGAGAUAUGCUUCCGCCUUAAUAGCUUUUGUGUGAUUAAAAAGUAGCUAACUCAGGGCUGGGGAUUUAGCUCAGCGGUUCGGUGGCUUGCCUUGCAAGCGCAAGGACCUGAGUUCAAUCCCCAGUACCAAAAAAAAAAGUAGCUAACUCAGAAUGAAGUUUGAGUGCUCUAUUAAGUGGCAAAGAAAUUCAAGAAUUCACAGUAUUUAGGUGUAUUAUCAUAUCUUCACAGAAAGGAAGUCCUAAUUUAAUAAGAAAGAGUUUCAGUCUUCAUUCUAGCCUGUCUUCCCAUCUCAAAGAAAUACUCUCAAUGAAUUGGAAUGAAGAUAGCAGGGUCUUGAAGCAUGUUUGUAUUAAUCCACAGUGACAUCUUUUGCCUUCUAGGAGCAUUCCUAGAAUGUUCUGUGCCUUAUCAAUGUUGACUGCUUUGUAGAUCUCAAGGAAAUAAUACAACAAAAGGAAAGUUAUAGAAGUGUAAUUUACAUUGAGCUGGAUAAUUAAUUUAUCUCUUCUAGAGAUAUGUAGGUUCUUGGAGGAAAAAAGCUGAUACCUGAAUGAUAAAAAUGACAUUUUUAGCAACAAAAUGGUCUAGAAAAGAUAAGCCCCUGAGUUUCCCACCAGUCGACUUUUACUCUCUAAUUACAGGAGGUGCUUUAUUACAGAUCACUAAGCGCCUUGGUGAAUAGCUCAUGAUGCAGGAAAGAUGGUACUGUGCAUGGUCAAGCACCCUAAUUGUGAGCCACAGUCCUGUGGACCUUGUAUGGGGAGGAGUCCUGCCUGGCUAUUUCUGUAUGCCGAAGAGAUCAAUAUACCAAAGUACCUGCCAGAUCAUGAAUGUGGCUUCCUUGCACAGUAAGCUUUCACUAGAGAUGAGAGGAUGCCUACAUUAUUGCUCAUCAUGGAAGGAGACUGGACUUGAAUGUCCAGCCUCUUCUCAGGCUCAUCAGGUAGUUUAGGGUAACAGAAGAGAAUGGUCACAACCCUGCUGUCACUUGGAGGUCACUUCUUGCAUCGCCAUUCAUAUACUGUCCUCAGUUUACUAAGCCUAGCAGCUUGCUGUGUUUUACCGCCUUUUAAGUGUCAGUUAACUGGGCGCACCUCUCCCCCUUAACUGGCACCAAAUCAGUGCGGGAUGGAGGAGGAGGAGGUAGCUUCCAUCAGGACCGUGGAUGGGGUCCCUCUACCCUCUGGAUGCUUUUAAAUCCUUGGGUGCCCCAGGAGCCAAUCUGCCCCAAACCCAACAGCAAAGUGAAACAUUUCAGAGACCAAACGCCAAAAGUUUGUGUAAUAAAGUAGCUUAACUCCAGCUCCAACUGAAGUUGUACCUGCCAUGAAUGUUGUCAACUUUUAAAAAAACGUGUGUAUGUGCCAUAUGCAUAAUGUAUAUAAUUCAUCAAAGCAGUAUUCUGAGCUUUUGAACCGUCCCAGGGAAUCAGGGACAACAUUUCACUACCUUCUUGAUAAUGUCUGUUAACAGUGUGGUCAGAGUGGCCAUGAGGCCUGCUGCACUGAGAAA